AGAGUCGGUCCCUAACAAACUCUCUUUGCGAAGGUUGAGAACGGAGAAAUAUCGCCACUUCCAAGACGCCAAACCUGGGCUAUCGAAAAUAAAAAUGCGGAGAAGCAAAUGGUUGCGCUAUUAAACUUGGCCUUGGGAUUACGGUUCCUUCGGAGCUCACGGCAAGCAAGCUCGAAUCAUCAACUACCCGACUACCAUACCUGCAAUACGGAUCACUCUACGAGCAGCAAUUCCGAGUCAGAGUGGACCAGAAUACAUAAUCCAAAACAACAGCAUACGAUGCACAACCAAGACACAGAUAAGGGCAACACCAGACCCGAUCUGUCUGAUGGAGUAAGUUUCCCACUCAGGGUGGUCCGGCACCGUCCGCUGGGAUGCGAUUGGAGGUACCAAUCCUUGAAAGGAGUCAUGCAGAUAUGGAUACAAAAAUUCGAAUUUCUGGGUCGCAGGCAAACCUGCGCAGAAUAGCGCGAGGCCAAGGUGCCUUCGGGUGAACUUUAUCGCAGGAGGAAUUGCUUCCA